CUGCGCUCCAACACCGUUCCGGCCCAUCCAGUCGCCGAGAAUCUCAACGACACCUUCACCCACGACGACUCUCAGAACGUCGCAGCCUCCGACACAUUACUUUCAACGGACGGCAUCGCAAACGACCUCUACCAAAACCCGCCCGGCGGCUUCCUCCCCUCCCUCUUCGACGACACCCUCGACGUGUCCCAGUUCGACAGCAUCUUCAGGGGCGACUCGGAAGACGACCUGGACAACUUCUUCGCGAACCUCUUCAGCCUGCCGUCUUUCCCCCGCGCGAGUGUAGGAGAACCGUCCGGUUUGGCGGAGGCGGCGUCCCCGGUUCACGGGUAUACCUCAGAUGCUGAUGUAUUGGGAGACUACUACACCCAUCUCCACAACUCCUUACCCCUCCUCCCACCACCGCCUUCAGCUCGAACAACAUCCUCCUCCUCAUCCGCUGCAUACAAUCCCUCAUCACCCCUCCUCCUCUCCCUCCUCUCCAUCCUAACCCUCAUCCCCGCCACCAACACCCAACCUCCAGACCCCUCCCUCAAAUCCACAGCGGAAUCCCUCGCCCAAAAGGCCCUCGCCGCAAUCGACACCUUCAUCCCCUCCACCUCCCCAUCAACCCUCCACGCCCACCUUCCUCAGUCCUUCGAGACGGCCUUGACAUACUGCGUGCUGAGCCUGUUCCAGUAUCUCCAUCGCGGUGACAUCGAGGAGAUGACGAGGCUCGCUGAGAAGGGGUUUGAGCUCGCGAGAAGGCUCGUCGAGGAAGGGGUGGAGAGGUACGAGGGGGUUUACGACGAGGCUUUGAGGAGGAUGUGGUGGAUGUCCUACGUAUGUCUAUGCCAGGCCUCCAUCUCCUGGCGCCAAUACAUCCUCGCCGAAGAAACCCUCGUAUCCGCAACCCUCCUCCUGGUAGCCCUCAUUAAAGGCAUCCCCUCAGAAUCGGCCAUACCCUCCUUCAACCGCAACAUCCACCUCCUCGAGUCCCUCAUCACACACCAGCUCGACGCCCUCGCCCCGUGCACAUCCAUCGAAGACGGACAACAGCACCAAGAUCCCGAAUCAAAGCUCGAAGCCUCCCUCGGGGUGACGUCCAGGAUACGAUUAAUGAGCGCACGUAUAAAGCUACACAGAUACCGCGCCUUCAUAUCCAACAUCCCCAUCCUGCGCAUCUUCGAGUCCCUCCUCCAACCAACCACCGAAUCCCAACAACACACCCAACCUAUCCCCUCGCACCGAGAACGCCACCUCGAGAACGUAGCCCGCGUAUUCCCCUUCGCGCGAGAAGACUCCCUCCGCAUCUGCGUAGACUCGGCAACAACCAUCGCGGUCGACCUGGAGGGGCUCGUGAGAAUCGGAUGCUCCGGUACUGUACCCUGUCCGCCUUCUGAGGGCUGA